AUGGAAGAGCAAAGCACGUUGACAUUUCCACUCCAAUUGGAGCAGGCAGUAGACCGGCAACAAACGCUGACUGUAGACAUCGCCCAACCGGACGACGGUCAAGAAAUAUUUGAAUUUCUACUCCAGCAUUUCUUUCCACUAGCACCUAUCCGUCAACUUGCAUUGUACGACGAAUCGGAAGAAGCCAAACGACCUGAAUGGAUAGAAGACAUUGUGCUUGAUUGCGUCCAAACACCUUAUUCGCUGGUCGUGCGGGAUUCUUGUCUUCACAACCAAAUAGUGGCAGUUGCAAUCAACGAAUUUCAAAAACGUACUUUAUCAGAUGUGACUAAUCAUCAGCUCUACGCUCCUAAAAGCAACAAUCCAGCUCAGAUUGGCGUUGGUCGUUUGCAUAAGUCUGUGUUGGAAGCCAUCAAUCGUGAUGUGGACGUCUUCGCCAUUUAUGAAACGGAAACCAAAAUGGAAAUCGGUGCACUCGCCGUGGAUGGACGGUACGGCCGUCAAGGCUUGGCCACGAAAUUGGUGGAUCUCUCACUGCGCAUUGCGAAAGCCCAUGGUGUAGGCGCCGUUUGGACGGAAGCGCUGAGCGCGUACACGGCCAAAGUGGCGUUCAAGUUGGGCUUCGAAGUUCUAAAGAGCGUCACGUAUGAGGACUUUAGAUACGAAGGAGACUUACCUUUGGCCAAUAUCCCUGGGCAUAGCGUUGGACUUUUAAUGGCUCGAAAAAUCUGAAAAAAAUCCAUCCCUUAUCUAUGUCGAUUUAUGCAAAUAGCGGAUGUUAUUGUGUUGUCCCUCGAAUGCAAGACCUCGAAAGUUGAAUAAUAAAGUUGAACUGAAGAUCAAAUCAA